AUGAGCUGGACGCUGAAGAGUUUGAUGCUGCCCCUGAUGCUGCUGUGCAUGUGGCAGCUGCAGCAAGAAGGCGCACACGCCUGCAGAUGUGCCCAGUUGAAUCUGCAGCAGGCGUUCUGCCAAGUUGAUGUUGUCAUCGAGGCCGAGGUUGUUGGAGUGACAGUUGGCGGUGGCUUCAUACCCAUUAAGUAUGACAUCCAACUGAACAAGCUGUUCAAGGGCCCAAGAAAGAAUUUUGAUUCCAUCUACACUGCGUCCAGCUCUGCCUCAUGUGGAAUCACUUUGAACAUAGGCGUCAAUUACCUACUUAUGGGUCGACUACAGUCCGACGGCUCGCUGCACAUCUCCUCGUGCGACUUUUUCAAGCGCUGGCAGGACUUGAGCGUCAUCCAAAAGGAAUGUGUGUUGCAGGGCUGCGCUUGCAAGUGGCCCGACCGAGUGCUGGUGGCCCGACCGAGUGCUGGUGGCCCGACUUCCUGA